UGUUUUCGGAAGUAGUUCGCCGAUCCCUAGUUGGCUAUGCUCGGAAACCCCGAGGGGGUCUAGCCCGGCAAAUCAAAAUGUCUCACGAUCCGUCGCACCCUCUCUAGUAUCUUCGAUCAGACUUCUAUGGUUCAUAUAAAGACUGCUUCUCUGCUCCCAAAGAACGGGGUACAAACCAGAAAGAUAUAUCAGCAACAUCCACUUGAACAAGUUCUAUCCACAGAGCCUUGACGUGUGCUUCACAAAGCAAAUCUACAACAAAUCCAUCAAAUUAUGGAGUGCAAUCAUUGGUCCAAUAUGCAGUCUUGUUCGAAUCAGGACCCGGAGAAGCAAUGUCCUAUGGAGAUCAACCCGAACAUUGGGCGUAGUGACACGAGUAACAUCGUGCCUCUACAAAGUCGCUUGGAAGGUCUUCGCAUCAUCACCCGUUUCGACGUCUCCCCUACACUCGAUUAUACGACAGACGUGUCUCCUUGCCAGCUCAAUUUUCAUCCAAUCAACCAUGGCAGCUACACUCUAUCCGAUGUGAACGGUGACCAGUCUGAUCUCAACACAAGCGACGACGCUAAACUCAAGGCAUAUCGGCCAUUCGCUAAGUAUCAGACCGACUACCGCAACUACGAUGCGUACCACCCCUCCGAAUUGCUGCGCCGACAAGACCCCGAGUCACCCCUUGGCGGCGGACGCUGGAUCUGGCCCAGCCGACAGUUCAGAACACGCUCUUUAGAGGACGGCUACAACCAUGAAGUCUCACGCCUUUCAUCUAUCAAAGAAGAAAUCUUCAGACCUAGCGCUGCCUUCCACUCCCACUACGCUAUGAUCUCACGUUCCGACAGCGUAGACAGUACGAAUAGUGACCAAAUUGGGCAGACUGACGAAGACUAAAUCAGACAAACAUGACGACGAGUCUUGUCUUCGGUGGGCAACAAACCAGGGAAAGUAAGCAGAAGUAGGCCGAGGUGUCAAUAUGACAGCAAGUGUGAGUUCAAGUGACCGGGGGAUAACCGGGUGAAGGAGCUGUGUAUACCAUGGAAAUGAGUAUAAGACUACUCAGGAAUAGUGCAAGAGGAGGUGUGCUGUAUGGAAGGUCCGUUGAUGUUAAGUGAAGAAGAGAUAUCUUUAUCGUAGCUUUUUAAUGCAAAAAGUGUUCGCAGAAUCUAUAGACCUC